AACGCUAACUCCAUUUCUAAGUCAGAGUGCAGUUUAUCACCUCUACCAUCCAAAAUAUCAAUGACGACACGAUCAUCAUCAUCAUCAUCAUCAUCACCAUUAUCGUCGUCCCCAUCAUCAACACCACCACCAUUAUCAUCAAAUGCAAGAGGCAAACUUUUAUGGACAGGAUCAUCAUCUAAACCAAAAGGAAAAAGGAUCCAAUAUCCGGUCGAUAAUAUCGAUCGGAUAAGCAUGCUUCCGGAUGAAUUGUUACAAAAGAUCCUUUCGACACUAUCGACUAAAGAUGCCGUGAAAACAAGCACCUUGUCGAAAAGAUGGGUGGAUCAGUGGAAGUGGAGACCACAUCUCUCCGUGGGCAUGAGAAAUAUUUCGAGAACAAACCCGACGAGCCGUCUUCGUGAAAUAUCUCUCCGCGUUGCUGAAUCAAUGACGAGGACUAUAAACAAUCAUCGUGGCCGCCUAGAGAGCUGCACAAUCAGCCAUAUUUUAUUCCAAUGUAAAGAUGGUACGCUCGAUAGGUGGGUCCAAACAGUGACUCAUGAGAAACAAACCAAAGAGCUCACUCUUGUCAACUAUAUAGGUUGCAUGGGACCUUUCGGUGGAUAUAAUAGGCUUUACUUGUCCCCAAGUACAUUCUCUCAUCCUAGCCUCACUUCACUGUCACUUACUCGAUAUAAGUUAACAGAGACAGCCUUCAAUAACUGCUCCAAUCUUAAGACCCUCAAGCUUUUUGACAUCAUGUCCGAUGUUAGUGUCCUUAGCAGAGUUUUCAAAGCUUGCUCCUCUCUUGAGGUGCUUGUGUUGCAAAUCACAUGCUUAAAACUUGGAUGUGUGUUGAAGAUCGAGAACAAGAAUUUAGAAGUCUUGCAAGUGACUUGCCCUACUCUGAUAAAUAAGAUGGAAGUGAAUGCACCUCGUUUGGAGAUUCUUGACAUCAAAUAUAUAUAUUGUGAUAGCUUCUUACUUGAUGCACCUAAAAUCAUGUUUAAUAGAGAUUAUUGGUUUGGUGCGAUUAGUGUCCCUCAUAUUAGCUACCAUAUAUCAAGUCUUGCUCAGGAGAAAAAAAGAAUUUGGCUUGAGCUUUUGGUGAGCCAAUUUUAUAAUAUGAAACGGUAUGGAUCCUUAUCAGUGAGUGUCGACGUGAGAAAUCCUAACGAACUCAAGAUUUUGAAGGAAGUCUUACUUUUGUGGAAUGAAGAAAUGAAGGAUCUGGAGAUCAUCUUCAAGAACAACAAUGCUCCUAGGGAAGAAGGUGAAUCUUCUAUCAAUGGUGGAGCACGUAACAAAUGGUUGGAUGGUGAAAAACCAUUUCCAGAUGCUUUCUUCCGCGUUCGUACUGUAUGGAUGUAUAAUUUUGAUGGUUCCAAUGAAGAGGAAUUUGCAUUAGCUUCACGUUUUGUGACACAAGGAACAGUGAUUGAUAAGUUGAUGAUAGAGACAUCGACGUAUCCUCCAGUGAAGCAGUUAAUGACAGAAGCAAAAGUGGCCAAGCUAAUGGAACUUCCUAAAGGUAACGAUUACUUUACUAUCGAAUGCUUUUGAUGAUGAGUUUUGGUUCGAAUCUAUCCAUUGGUACU